UCAGUGGGAGAGUGGUCAUCUCCCAUUCCAGAGGUUGGGGCUUCAAUCCAUGGCCAUUGCGAUCUUGUUGAGGUGUCCUUGAAAGAUACCGAACCCCCAUUUGCUCUUCCUGAAGUGCCAUCAGUAGGUAAAUGAGGAAAAGUGUAAAGUGCCUUGAGUACUAAAUGUCGAAAAGUUCUCCUAUAUAAGUAACGCCCCACUCAUCUUUUUACUGUCAAUCUAACACAAAUACAUACAUGAUGAAAAUGAUGCUAUCUUACACAAUGUAAGUAAAAUCAUGAUAGGAGGCUCGCCUUCAAAAUUGAAUAAUUAGACAAAAAUCUAAAUUUUCCCCUGGUUGGGGACCUCCUGCUGUAGGGUGUGGGCCCACUGUCCAAUACUAUACUACUGUAUAUUCUACAACCACAAUAAAAUUUUAAAUUGAGUACUGCAGUCAGCAGUAAUAUUUACCGGAUACUGCUUGUGCUGCAUCAUGCUGCACUGAAGCAGAAUUACUAGUGAGAAUAAGAAGCCUGUGUACAUGAAAAAUUAACAUGAAUGAACAGAUGAGGCACAUGUUGCAACACAGGUAUACACUGUCCUCAAAUUCUGAAGAUAAUCCCUCAUGACAAUAUCCCUGCCUCAGCUCUCUUAACGGCUUUGUGUAUGACCACGAUAUAAAGGGGGCGGCACAAUGAAAGCACAGAACAGGGAGUGCAAAAAGAAAGAGAAACUUCUCUUUGUUUUGCAUCUUUUUCUUCUCAGGCCUUCCAGACUGCAUCUUCUUCUGGAUUCAACCAAACCCCAAACUGACAUACAGAAAUGAAUGGGGCGGCAGAACCAGAGGGCGCCAAUGCCAAUCCUCCCAAGUCAAAGGAGAAGGAGACAAGACUGUUUAAGAGCAAGCCUCCCAAAGCUGGACAGAAGGAAUUUGAUGAUGUUCCUGGGAUGGAUGGCAUCAGAGAUGCAGAAGUCAUCUGCCCCUGGGAGGCUUUUGGGGACAUGGAGCUGAGUGAUCUGGCCCAGUUUGGGAUUGUCUAAAGACUGUGCCACCAAAACGCAAUUCAUUCAGAUUUAUUGUUCUUUCGAAUGUUUGCUGGAAAGCUGGUAUGGGUUGUAAAUGGGAACAGCUGACACUGUGAAAUGGAGGAAGAUCUUGAGGUGUAACAUUUCACAUUUUGCGCUGCUUGCUACAGCUUCAACAUUAAGAAUCUUUUUUUUUUUCUAGUCGCUUUUAGGAGUAUCGUACCUUGUUGUCCUUCUUUAGCCCAGCAUUUGUAAAAGUGUAACACACUGUACUCCUGCUUGGGUUUGAAUCACGUAAAAUGUAAAUCUAUGCUUCUGUGCUGUUUAAUGUUAACUUGUAAUAAAUUCAUAUUUGAAUAACCUUU